UCCUUCCCAGAUUUCCUGAUUGCAACAUUUCAUCAGCUGUCGGGAUUGAGAAGAAGCCUCAAACGAAAAUCAUUGCCAUUUAUUCCUUCACCAAAUUUCACGAGUCUUUAAUGAAGCUUAUAUCAAAUUCUGCUGAAAGAAUUAAGUUCAAGACUAUGCACAUGCACCCAAUUUCGAAGAACAAGACGGAAAAGCAAUCGUUACUUGCGAAUAUGUUCAAGUCAGUCGAUGAUUUUAUAUGCAACCACCUUGACUUACCCCUUCGUCCAUCCAUUGAUCCCGAACAUGUACUUUUCGGCAACUUUGCUCCGGUGGAUGAACUUCCUCCGACUCCCUGUGAGGUGGUGGAAGGCUCCCUUCCGAGUUGCCUGGACGGAGUAUACCUGCGCAACGGCCCCAAUCCUCAGUUCAUCCCCCGCGGCCCAUACCACCUCUUCGACGGUGAUGGGAUGCUUCACAUGAUCAAGAUCUCUAGAGGGAAAGCCACGUUUUGUAGUCGCUAUGUCAAGACUUACAAAUACAUGGUUGAGUGUGAUCUCGGCUAUGCCGUCUUCCCAAGUGGCUUCUCCUCCUUCAAUGGCCUCAUGGCCUCGAUGGCACGGGUUGGUCUAAGUGUUGCACGUGUACUUACUGGACAGUUCAAUCCUGUAGUUAAUGGCUUUGGCAUGGCAAACACUAGUGUGGCCCUAAUCAGUGGAAAAUUAUAUGCUCUAUGUGAAUCUGAUCUCCCCUAUGAGAUUGAAGUGACCUCAGAUGGAGAUAUCAGAACUAUUGGCCGCCAUGAUUUUGACAGCAGCGAGCCCUUUAUAAGCAUGACUGCGCACCCAAAAGUUGAUCCAGACACAGGCGAAACCUUUGCUUUCAGAUUCCACGUAGUUCCUCCAUUCUUGACAUUUUUCAGAAUCGGUUCUGAUGGAAGAAAAGGACCAGACGUUCCCAUCUUCUCCAUGAAGAGUACAGCUUUGAUCCAUGACUUUGCUGUAACAAAAAAUUACGCCAUAUUUAAUGAUGGGCAGAUGGUGAUAAGCCCCCUGGAGCUUUUGAGAGGACGACCCCCAAUGAGAAUUGAUCCUGUUAAAGUGCCGAGGCUGGGCAUUAUCCGGAGAUGCGCUAAAGACGAGAGUGGAAUGUGGUGGAUUGAUGUGCCUGGAUUCAACAUGUCACAUUCAGUUAACGCAUGGGAAGAAGACGACGGUGAGACCAUAGUAGUGGUGGCCUCUAAUCUUUCAUCUGUUGAACUGGCCUUGGAGCGUCUGGAUUUGGCGCAGCUGACGUUGGAGGAAAUCAGGAUAAGUGUCAAGGACAAGAAGGUGAUCACGAGGCAUCCCCUGUCUUCCAAAGUUCUUGACAUGCCAAUCAUUAAUCCAGCUUACGCAGGAAAGAAGAACAGGUAUGCUUAUGCCGCAGUAGUUGGCACGCCCAUGCUGAUGGUAGGGGUGGUGAAGUUAGAUUUAUCCCUAUCGUCAGACGAUUGCUUAGACUGCAUAGUCGCUAGCCGCAUGUACGAGCCAGGCUGCACCGGAAACGAACCCUUUUUCGUGCCAAAUAAUGCGGCUGCAGAUGAGGACGAUGGCUUCCUAGUUACAUAUGUACAUGAUGAGAUCGCCAAAGAAUCGAAGUUCUUGAUCAUGGACGCCAAGUCCCCCACCCUAGAGAUCGUUGCCGCGGUUAAGUUACCCAGAAGAGUGCCCACUGGCUUCCAUGGACUCUUUGUGAGUCAAAGUCACCUCGAGAAACUUUGCAGGGACGAUUGA